GGCAGGAACAGUUGAAUGCUUUCUACUACUCUCCUGGUGAAGAAGAUGGGUGCUCUUGGGUUGCUGGCCAUGGAUGUGCCGGAGGAAUAUAAAGGGGCGGAACUUGAUUACUUGGCCUAUUCCAUCGCUGUCGAGGAGAUCAGCAGGGGCUGUGCGUCCACGGGCGUCAUCAUGAGUGUCAAUAACUCUCUGUAUUUAGGUCCAAUACUGAAAUUUGGUUCUGAAGAGCAGAAGCAUCAGUGGAUUUCCCCCUUCACCAGCGGUGACAAAAUAGGGUGCUUUGCCCUCAGUGAACCAGGAAAUGGCAGUGACGCAGGAGCUGCUUCCACGAUGGCACGGCUGGAGGGCAGCGAAUGGGUCCUGAAUGGCACCAAAGCCUGGAUCACCAAUGCCUGGGAUGCCUCUGCUGUUGUGGUGUUUGCCACUACAGACAAGUCCCAGAAACACAAGGGCAUUAGUGCAUUCCUGGUUCCUAUGCCAACACCUGGACUCUCGCUGGGGAAGAAAGAAGAUAAACUAGGAAUCCGAGCCUCUUCCACAGCCAAUCUGAUAUUUGAGGACUGCCGGAUCCCCCAAGCCAAUCUUCUGGGGCAACAGGGGAUGGGCUUCAAAAUUGCUAUGCAAACCUUGGAUUCGGGCAGGAUAGGGAUUGCCUCACAGGCACUUGGAAUAGCUCAGGGAGCUCUGGACUGUGCUGUGGAUUACGCUGAGAAGAGGAUGUCCUUUGGUUCACCCAUUUCUAAGCUGCAGGCUAUUCAGUUCAAGCUGGCAGACAUGGCACUGGCCUUGGAAAGUGCUCGCUUGCUGACCUGGAGAGCAGCCAUGUUGAAGGACAAUGGGAAACCCUAUACAAAGGAAGCCGCAAUGGCCAAGUUAGCUGCAUCAGAGGCUGCAACUGCCAUUUCCCAUCAGGCCAUCCAGAUCCUGGGAGGGAUGGGCUAUGUGACGGAGAUGCCAGCGGAACGCCACUACCGGGAUGCACGGAUCACAGAAAUCUAUGAGGGGACAAGUGAGAUCCAGAGACUAGUGAUAGCAGGGCAACUGCUGAAGGCCUAUCGUGGCUGAAGUAGUGUGCAAAAGCAACCUCAGUGCCUUAUAACCGCUGCAGAAGAGCCUCUGGCCUUUGUCCUGGAUGAACCGAGGCUGACAGAAGAUGGAAAUUCCCUCAUAUCUAUAAUGAUCACUCCUCUUUAAGAAAGGGGAUUGACCAACCCAAGUUAAUUGAAUUGCCUUCUGUGCGUUUGUAAGGGUUUAGGGGGACACACAGGGAGAAAGCGGGAAAGGAGCAGCACCAUCGGACUAUAGCCCAAUUUGCUUUAAGCAGGCCUAGUUUCAACUCUCUUCUCUUACACACACACACAAUCCACAGAGCCAGGCUUUAUUUCUACUGGCUGCUAUCUAAGAUUUAAUUCCCCUCAUAGGGUGCUUAGUAAUUAAUGAAAUUACAGGAAGAUGACAGCCCAAUUUUUCUUGUGGAUGUCUACUGUCAAGUCCUUAUGCAGGUAUAAAUCACAGGCAGGAUACUCAGAAUUAUUACUUAGGGACAAGAAUGUGGGCUAUGUUUUCUAAGAGGGUGUGGGUGAUCUGGUUGUACUGCCUCAGAAUGAUUGUUACACAACCUCUUCAGGUUUGGUCCCUAAUGAAUUCCAAGUGUUUGACCUUGCUCGCUAUGAGCUCUCUCAUGAAUUUUCCCUUCUUGCAGCAAAGAACAGGUAGUAGGCGGCUUGUUCUCACAGGAUGGCAGCAAGAAGAGCUAAUGUGCUUCCAGUUUCAGUGUGGCUUUUUUUUUUAAGCACUGCACACCUUGAUUACAUAAAGAAUGUUGCCUUUAUGCUUGGUUACUACUAAGUGACAUUAAAAUUCAUAGAGAAUGAAUAGUUACAUGCA